GAUGACCCAUUUGUGUUUGCAUCACAAGCUAAAAAGGUGUUUUAUAUAUAUGAUGAGAGAAACAAGGAUUGGCUUGUUGUUCUCAAUGCAAAAGUUAGAGAUAUCUAUGAUAUGGGUGAUGAGGAAUCUAAUGAAAUUGAAGAAAUUCAUGGGCAACUAAUGGGCGAUACAAGUGAAGCUACUCAAAAUGUUAAUGAUUUGGUUAGGCUUCAAGUUGAAGACGAUAAUGAUUUUUUUGAAGUUGUUGAUGUUGAUAAUAUGGAUGAUGAUGAAGAUAAUGAAGAUGAUGAGGAAGACGAAUGAAAGAAGCAAUGGCUCGAAGAAGAAAGUUAAAUAUUCGACAUCGAGCAAGUGAUAAUGAAGGAAUUCAGUCUACUUCUAAUAAUACAAACUCAACCAAUGUAGAAGGAAGUAAUGUUGCAGAAACUCGUUCUAGUCCUUGUCAUGCAGAAGGUGUCAUACGUGAGUCUGUAGAAUCUCACUCAAUUCCCUCUGAUAUAGAAGUUGAAGAAGAACAAAUUGAAAAAGAAGUAGAGCCUAAACGGGCUAGAGGUCCUACAAAAAUGUUAGAUGUAUGGGAAAUGGAACAUGGUGAUUUAAUAAUCGUUAAUUUGGACAAAUAUGGUCGACCCAUUGGUGAGGAAGGGACAACUCUAACUCGUUUCAUUGGUAGCGUAGCUAGAAGGUAUCAAUAUGCUCCUAUCAACUACAAGUCAUGGAAAGUUAUGCCAAAUGAUUACAAAGAAGAAAUGUUGAAAUUAAUAGAGAGUAAAUUUGAGUUUGUUCCUCCAAUAAAUGACUUAACAAGAGAAAUGUUAAAAUCUGAGCUGAAUGAGAAAUGGAGGCAAUGGAAGGGUGAUCUAAAGUCAAUGGCAUAUGACCCUACUAAAACAGAAGAAGAAGUUGCAUCUCUUGUACCAGAUGAUAGGGUUGACCCAAAUCAAUAUCGUGGUUUGGUUCAUCAUUGGUUUUCUGAUGAAGGACAAAAAAUAAGUAAAAUUAAUAGGCAAAAUCGUGCUAAAUUUGAAGAUGUUCAUUGUAUGGGUUCAAAAAGUCUCCCAAAGUUUAUUGAUGAGAAGAUAAAAAAGGGAAAAGGAGUGUUGCCUGGACGUAAAGAGAUUUACAUUGAUACCCGUACUCGUAAAGAUGGAACAAUUGUCAAUGAAAAGGCUGCAAAAUUGAUUGAAGAACUAAAAAAACAUAAUAAUGAGGCUGGAACUUCUCAAUCAACCCAAGACACACAAGGUUCUAUGUCUUGGAAGGAUGACAUAUUUUAUCAAGUACAAGGACCUGAUAAAAACGGACGUGUGCGAUGUAUGGGCAAGAUUCCUCAUUCUAAAAAAUCGAAGGUUUGUGCAUCUGAAAAUGAAGAGUUGCGCGAAAGAGUUAAGAAUAUGGAAAACUUGUUAGCAAAUGUGAUGACUUUAAUUCAAAAUCGAUUUUCUGGAGCAGAUGUUAAUGAUAUAAUACAAGCUGCAAGACAGGUUCCUGAUGCUACUAGUGCUCAAAACCAUUUGAAUUCACUUAGUCCAAACAACAACGAAAAUAAUGAAAAUGGUGAAGAUUAAAAGCUAAUUUGUUGUUGAAGAUGGAAUAUUGGCAAUUUAGUGGACUCUAUUUCUUAAUAUUUUUUGAGAUUGUUAUGUAUGACACAAGAUGUCUAUUUUAAAUGUCUAUUUUUUGAGGUUAAGGGUUUUGUUUUAUCGUUGUAAGACUUUUAUAUUAAUUUUUAA